AUUGCCAUUAUUUCAGCUUCAUCGCUGGAGUUCUUCAUUGCUGCGCUUUUAGCAAAAAAAAGAAAGAAAGAAAAAGGAGGGGAGGAGUGGGAAGGAAGGGCAGCAAAGCACAAAAUCUAGACCGAGGGGAGGACGGAGAAGAAAGGGGGGAGGCGGCGAGUGGUUGCAAAUGCCUGUUUCCUUGGGCCCCCCCUUUCCUUCUCUCUGGCACACUUUUUUCCCCACCUCCUUUCUGCACACCCACCCGCCCCAAGGAGCCGCGAACAGAAGGAUCUGGACCCCGAGGAGCCCCCGUGGAAGCAGCACCACCAGCUCCGCCGGCUCGCCCUGAUUCUCGGCGGCUGCCUCGCUGUUGUUGUCGCUGCGCGCGCGCGCGCGCCUGUGUGUGUGUGUGAGUCUGUGUGUGUGUCUUUUUUUCUCUCCAAAAAAAAAACCCUUUUCCUCUCUCUUCUCCCCCUCGUCUUUCUUCCUUUGUGAGCUCAAAACCCCAAGCGUGCCUUUCCCCCCCCCAAACCCAAGAAAAAAAAAAACCCAGAAAGAAAAGCAAGCAAGGAAAAAAAAGAUGCGGGUCUUGCGCUCCAGAUUUUGGUCUCCAUCUUCGGCGGAUUGUCGCGAGCCCUCCAAACUUUCCGGAUCUGGGCGACCGCUUGGGCAAAGCCGAGGAUUCGUCAAACUUUACUGACCUGGGGGGGGAGGAGGAGGAAAGCCAGCGAUCUAGGAGAGACUCCUUAGAGAUAAAUUUUUUUUAAAAAAAAAGUCCUUUUUUUUUCCUUUUUCUUCUUUUUUCUUUUUUUUGGCAUGUCGGUGCGUCUCUCCUCCUGUUGCCCUCGGUUUGCAAAGGAGUGACUGUAGUUUCUCCGCCUUGGAAUUCGUGUGUGUGUGUGCGCGUGUGUGUGUGAUUGUCAAAGAAGGAAAACAAAGAGGGAAAGAAGAUAGGAAGACAGGAGAGAGAAGAGAAGAGAAGAGAGAGAGAAAAAGACUUGAAGGGGGAGAGAUGGUGGAACCCCCCCAGUCCUCUUUCAAGGAGUAAUUCCCCCCCCCUCCUGCAUGCAGUCAUGGCCCCAGGAUGCUCGCUGGCUGGAUUUUACCGAGGUCUCCUCUUUUCUCUACUGGAACUGUGGUUCAUACAAGGUUUGAGCUUGGAGCCCAUCUACUGGAACACCUCGAACAAAAAGUUCCAGAACGAGGGCGGCUACGUCUUGUACCCCCAAAUCGGCGACCGCUUGGACCUCAUCUGCCCACGCUCGGUGCCCUUGGGGCCGUUCUCCACCGAGGACUAUGAAUAUUACAAACUCUACCUGGUUCAGACAGAGCAGGCCGAGCGCUGCGAGAUCCUACGGACCCCCAACCUGCUGCUGACCUGCGACCGGCCCGAGCACGACAUGCGCUUCACCAUCAAGUUCCAGGAGUACAGCCCAAACCUCUGGGGCCAUGAGUUCAAGACCAACCAGGAUUAUUACAUCAUCACAACCUCCGAUGGCACCAAGGAAGGGCUCGAGAACAUGAAGGGGGGUGCCUGCCUGUCCCGGGGCAUGAAAGUCGUCUUGAAAGUCGGACAGCAUCCCAACACGGGCACCAAAUCCCAGAUGUUCAUCCCAGACACACCUGCCGAGAAGGAGCGAGGUGCCUCUGGCGCGGUGGAGCCCAACAAGGAGAUCAACCCAGGACCUCCGACUGGGAACACCACUGGGAAGGUGGGAGGCGAGAACGGACCCCUGCCGCAGUCCAAUGUGCCAAUCAUCGCGGGGGCCGCUGGGGGGGCCGCCUUUGUCCUGCUGGCGGCCGCAGCCGUGACGGGGGCCUUGUGUUACCGCCACCGCCGGGCCAAGCACAGCGAGUCCCACCACCCGCCUUUAUCGCUCAGCACCCUCACCAGCCCCAAGCGGGGCGGAGGCAGCGGGGGCGGCAACAACAACGGCUCCGAGCCCAGCGACAUCAUCAUUCCACUCAGGACUUCGGACAGCGCUUUCUGUCCCCACUACGAGAAGGUGAGCGGGGACUACGGCCACCCCGUCUACAUUGUCCAGGAGAUGCCCCCGCAGAGCCCCGCCAACAUCUACUACAAAGUAUGAGGAGCGGGUGAGGUGCCCGCUGGUUGCAUCUUUGACCUCCAUGGCCGGGAGGGGAGACACUCGGCCCAGGCGGGGUGGACGGGACGACGCCACCCCGCACACCCCUCUCGUUCACCCCCGAGGCUGCACAAAGGGGAAGGGGGUCAACGCACAGCUACUGGUGCCACCCUCUGGCAAUCAGUGUGGGGGGGGGUGUCAGUGAAACUUGGACCUUCUCCCACCCGCAGUGAAGGCACAGACUCUUGAUGGCCUUCCCCUUCCAGAGGAUUCCAGCUUGGCAAGGAUUAACUGAGGGAGGGCCGUGACCCCCCCUUCCCGUCCGAUGUGACCGAUGCAAACCGUCUUUCCCCUCCUUCACAUCCCGUUCUCUGCUGGAAAAAAGGGCGGAGACUUACACUACCACCUCACAACAGAACACACAGGUGUACACACUUCCCCCCCCCUUCAUCCUAAGCCGGUGGUCUUUUCUGGAUGUCCGCCCGGCUGCAACCCUCCUGUUAUCUCCUUGUGACUUCGGCGCUCGAGAGUGUUGGAGCGCAGAUUCCCGUAGCUCUGAUCCAACACGCAAAGGUGGCUUGUCAAUGUGCACUGUCGGCCGAAAUGAAUUUCAGAAAAGAGAGAAAGAAAAGAAAUUGAAAAGUGGCUGAAAGAAGAAAAAAAUGGGAAAAAGAAAAAUCCGAGCACAUUCUUCAUAUACACAUUUCCUGGCAAUAAGUCAAAUGUAUUUUUUUUUUGUUGGUUUGUUUUUGUUUUUUCAUACCAUACCGAAGAUCCAUGCUAUAGCGGCUAGACCUGCUUUUGUGAGGACAAAGCACCACCUCCUGAAUCUGUGGAGGUUGGAACUUAAUGUGACUGUCUUAAAAAGAAAUCUACUGAGACUUAAGAUUUGCCUUUCCUUCUCACACCGAUGUGCCCCUCAAAUUUCGAAACGUUCGUGAUUUCAGCAUUCUGCUAAGUUUGAUUUCAGCUCUGCAAUAUUGGUUUUCCUUGUUCCCGUUGACUCCUUUGGAUUCCUGAUGGGAGAGGGUGACACAGACCAGCUCUCUUUUGCCCUGCACUCACCCACCAGACAUCUUUCCAGUCAACAGAAGACACACCUCCAGGGCCGGUGCUGACCAACUGGCGUGCAGAGCUUCGAACCUUUUUUUUUGGUGGGUGGGGCUCCAGCUCCCCCCCAAAAAAACCCUUCAGGUUCUGGGAACUGGUGCCUUCCCCCCCCCCUCGGAAAAUAUAAUGCUCCGAUCUUUCAGCUUGGUUUCUGUGCCUGCCCUGGUACCUUUGCCCCCACUUUUUAUAUUUUUUUAAAUUUUCACUAGGGAAGGGAUGAAGGAGGCAGACGUGUGUCCCCCCCCUCUACCCACCACCACUACCUGGUGCCAUUGACAUACCGCUGUUUGAACAGCGUUUGGAUCCGGGAAACGUUUUGGGUGACGGGAGCCUCUGCUGCCCAAGACUGGACUCUGCGACCCAUUUCUUUCGUCCAGGGGCAACCGUUUGGGAAGGCCUUUCCCUUGUUUCCCUUGCUUAGGGAGUUUGAUUCCCCCGCAGUGCCUCCUUGACUUGAUGAUCCAUAAGGGUCCCUUCCA